CACUAAUACUACUAGUCCUACCACUACAAAUAGCUAGACAAUAAACCUCAUCUUCUAACCCGCAGUCAUAAAAUCGAAUAUCAAUAAUCAUUUAAUCUUUGUGAUAUCCGACUUUAUAACUGCGCGGGCUCAUGCCAAGGACGGCAACAAUAGUCCCUCCCUCAACUUGCUGACAAAUGUUAGAAUCAGGCACAGCACAUAGAUAAUAAGAGUACAAUCCUCAAUAACCAUAACCAAAAACUACAAUCACUCUCUCUCUCUGAAAAUGAAGAACAAUUCAAAUCCAAAACUAAUACUCUUCCACCCAUCACUCCACAAACAACCCCCAACAGGAUACUUUCACUCUCACCGUCUCUGCCUUUUCUUCAUCUUCCUCACUUUCUUCACAAUAGUCUUCACUCUCACUCUCAUCACAACAAUCUCCUCUUCCGCCGCAAACUCCGCCGCAUCCCUCACCUCCUCUCCUCCUCUUCCACCCUCGGUAACAAAAGCCCUCCUCCACUAUGCUUCCACCUCCAACUCCACCACAAAAUCCAUGUCCUUUGCAGAAAUCAACACCAUAACAACAACUCUUCACCUUACACCACAUCCCAACUUUCUCAUAUUUGGUCUCACCCAUGAAUCACUUCUCUGGGCAGCACUGAAUCAAAAUGGUCGAACAGUUUUCAUUGACGAAUACGAAUACAUAAUCUCGAAAUUCGAACAAGCUAACCCAGGAAUUGAAGCUUAUGAUGUUCAGUUCACAACAAAAGUUAGUGAGUACCCAAAAUUGCUUUCUAAAGCAAAAGCAGAGUCCAAACGUGAUUGUAAACCAGUUCAGAAUCUUUUAUUCUCAGAGUGUAAACUUGGUAUCAACGAUUUACCGAACCACAUUUAUCAAAUUUCUUGGGAUGUGAUUCUGGUGGAUGGGCCAAGAGGGUAUUUUCCGGCAGCUCCGGGGAGAAUGUCGCCGAUCUUUACCGCCGGAGUGUUGGCUCGGAGCAAGAAAAUGGGAAAAACUCAUGUGUUUGUUCAUGAUUUUGGUAGAGAAGUUGAGAAGAUUUUCAGCAAUGAGUUUCUCUGUGAAGAGAAUUUGGUUAACAAUGUGGAUCAAUUGGGUCAUUUUGUGGUGAAGAGUGAAACCACCGACAAUGGUGAAAAUUCUGAAUUUUGCAGAAAUUCGAGUUCUCCUUUGUUGUCUUUGUCGGUGUCAAAGGAUGUUGACUGAGGAAUAUUUACAGUUAUCUUCUUUGAACAAAUCUGUAAAAUUGUGUAUUAUUUUUAGCUUAUAGUAUUUUUAAAUUUUAAUAGAAAAGAAUUGUAAUUUAAUUUUGCUUUACAAUAUUGGAGUGCCUUUUUCUCCCCAAAAAAGGGGUGAGAACGUGA